CUAAGGUUUCUUGUUAACAGCUGUCCCUCAGAGAAGAAGCCCUCCAGAAAGGAGAGCGCUUGGUCUCUCUCUAGCCAGAGCUUUCGGUCAUUUCCCGGGGGUCCUCGGCCUUUGGUGUGGCCACACUAGCCCAAGAGAGAAGCUGUCAUGGCGACCGGUGGAGACCCAGAGGAGGAGCAGGUAGUUCCAAACGAGGAGGAAGAAGCCGAUGUGAGAGCCGUGCAGGCCCGCUACCUCCGGAGUCCCUCCCCAAGCCAGUACUCCGUGGUCUCAGAAGCAGAAACUGAAAGCAUUUUCAUGGAACCCAUCCAUCUCUCCUCAGCUGUCGCUGCCAAACAGAUCAUCAAUGAAGAACUCAAGCCUCGAGGUCUCAGAACAGACACCGAGUGUCCAGGCAUGCUGGAAUCCGCCGAACAGCUGCUGGUGGAAGACCUGUACAACCGUGUCAGGGAGAAGAUGGACGACAAGAGCCUGUUCAACACCCCCUGUGUGCUGGACCUGCAGCGGGCGCUGAUCCAGGACCGGCAAGAGGCCCCUCGGAAUGAGGUGGAUGAGGUCUGGCCCAACGUCUUUAUUGCCGAGAAGAGUGUGGCUGUGAACAAGGGGAGGCUCAAAAGGCUGGGAAUCACCCACAUCCUGAAUGCUGCACACGGCACAGGCGUUUACACCGGCUCUGAAUUCUACACCGGCCUGGAGAUCCAGUACCUGGGGGUGGAAGUGGAUGACUUCCCGGAGGUGGACAUCUCCCAGCAUUUCCGGAAGGCAGCUGAGUUCCUUGAUGAAGCACUGCUGACCUAUCGAGGAAAAGUCCUGGUCAGCAGCGAGAUGGGCAUCAGUAGGUCAGCAGUACUGGUGGUCGCCUACCUGAUGAUCUUCCACAGCAUGGCCAUCCUGGAGGCCUUGAUGACCGUGCGCAGAAAGCGGGCUAUCUACCCCAAUGACGGCUUCCUAAAACAGCUUCGGGAGCUCAACGAGAAACUGAUGGAGGAGAGGGAGGAGGAGUAUGGUGAGGAGGAGGGUGAGGAGGAUGCCAGGAGCACACUGGGUGCUAGAGUAAAUUCACUCAUGGUGGAAGAAGAAGAUGAUGCCACCAGCCACCUGAGUGGCUCCUCCUUGGGGAAGGCCAGCCAGGUCUCCAAGCCAGUCACCCUCAUUGAUGAAGAGGAGGAGGAGAAGCUAUAUGAAGAGUGGAAGAAGGGGCAGGGCCUCCCCAAGGGCGAGGCUGCUCAGGGUCGAAAGGGUAGUUGCUCUACCUCCUCGGCCCAGGAUGGGAAUGACUGUGAGGAUGAGGAUGUAGAAAGGAUAAUCCAGGAGUGGCAGAGACGAAAUGAGAGGUACCAAGCCAAAGUGCACCAACAGUGGAGUCGGGAGGAAGAAGAGGAGGAACAGAGGCCCUAUGUCAGCAGAAGGCGCAGACACACCCUAAGCGAGAGCAGCGCCUCGGAGAGCGUGAGCAGCCAGGACAUCCGGGUCUUGAAGCAGCAGCUGGAGAGGAGCAGCCAAAGCCGCAGUGGAAGACACCACUCUGACUCUGAGUCUACAGAGAGCACGUGGGACAUGUGGAAUGAGAGGCUGCUGGAGAUCGAGAGGGAGGCUGCCAGGAAGUACCAUUCCAAGAGCAGGCGGGAGGAGAUGGAUGCUGAUUCAGAGGCAGGGAGCAGGGUCCGAGAGGAUGACGAGGCGAGCGUGCUAUCUGAGGCCAGCUCCUUCUACAACUUCUGCAGCAGGAACAAGGACAAGCUCACUGCCCUGGAAAGGUGGAAGAUUAAGAGAAUCCAGUUUGGAUUUCACAAGAGAGACUCAGAGGUGGGAGAUGGAGGCAGUGAGCACGGCACGGAAGAGCCAGCAGCGGAGAAGAACCUCUCUGAUGUCAACCUGACAGCCUACCAGGCCUGGAAGCUGAAGCACCAGAAAAAGGUGGGCAAUGAGAACAAAGAGGAGGUCGUGGAGAUGAGCAAGGGAGAGGACGCAGCGUUGGCCAAGAAGAGACAACGGAGACUGGAGUUGCUGGAGAGAAGCCGGCAGACGCUGGAAGAGAGCCAGUCCAUGGGAAGCUGGGAGGCCAACAGCUCAGCUGCCAGCGGGAGCAUCCCUCUGUCUGCAUUCUGGUCUGCAGCCCCCUCGGUCAGUGGAGAUGGGGACACAGCGUCAGUGCUGAGCCAUCACUCUCAACUGUCCCAGCCUGCAAGUAACAUGCCGCCACCCCCGCUGCCUAACCUGCCAGUGGGGCCCGGAGACACCAUUUCCAUUGCCAGUAUCCAGAACUGGAUUGCCAGCGUAGUCAAUGAAACCCUCGCACAGAAGCAAAACGAAAUGCUCCUGCUGUCCCGCUCGCCCUCGGUUGCCAGCGUGAAGGCGGCAUCCGCAGCCAGCCUCCUGGGGGAUGACCAGACCUCGGUGCUCAGCGCCCCCCUAAGUGGACGCUCUGACGUGCAGUCUGUGCUGUCCUCCAGCAGCUCGCUGACCUCCGGGGCUGGAGGCGGCGGAAACAGAGUGAGGGGGACCAGCAAGCCCCUCUACAGCCUCUUUGCUGACGACGUGGACCUAAAGGAGCUGGGCCGGAAGGAGAGAGAGAUGCAGACGGAGCUGCAGGAGAAGAUGUCUGAGUACAAAAGGGAGAAGCUGGCCUCCGACAGCAAGCGCAGCUCUCUCUUCAAGAAGAAGAAGGCCAAGGAGGACGAGGGCAGCAGCGCGGGGGACAGAGAGGAGGACACGGACAGCGCCAUCGGGAGCUUCCGCUACUCCUCCCGCAGUAACUCCCAGAAGCCCGAGACAGACACCUCCUCCUCCCUGGCCGUCUCCGAUCACUAUGGAAACGGAGCCGGCAGCCGGAAGGAGACCGACAUUAGCACGUGGCUCAGCGGCCUCCGGCCGGAAGGAAGGUCUCCUCCCCAAAGCGAUUGGUCUGGAGGCUCCCGGGGGAGGUCCACCAGGUCGUCCCUGCUCCGCGAAACGGAAUCUAAGUCGUGCAGUUACAAGUUCUCCAAGUCCCGGUCAGAGGAGCAGGACACCACCUUCCACGCGGCGGACGGCAACGCCGUGAGAAGCACCUCGCGCUUCUCAUCUUCCGCCACCAAGGAGGCCAGGGAGAUGCACAAGUUCUCCAGGUCCACGUUCAGCGAGACCUCCAGCUCCCGCGAGGGGAGCCCAGAACCCUAUUUCUUCCGCCGGACCCCUGAGCCCUCCGAUGGGGAAGAGUCGCCAGAGCCAAGGCGCCCAAACUGGGCCAGGCCCAGGGACUGGGAGGAUGUGGAAGAGUCAUCCAAGACAGACUUCGCUGAGUUUGGGGCCAAGAGGAAAUUCACCCAGAGCUUCAUGAGGUCUGAAGAGGAGGGAGAGAAAGAGAGGACGGAGAACAGAGAGGAAGGGAGGUUCGCUGCCGGCCGCCAGUCCCAGUUCCGGAGAAGCACAAACCGGCAAGAGGAAGAAGAAAUGGACGACGAAGCCAUCAUUGCUGCCUGGAGACGGCGGCAAGAAGAAACCAGAACUAAACUGCAAAGGAGGCGGGAGGACUGAGCUGAAAAGGGCCCACACUGAAGGCAAUGGGAACACAGGAAGAAGCUAUUCAACUUGUCGCGGGGCUUGGGAACACUUUACCACAGCCUGCUAAGGGUUGAGCCGGGAGACAGCAUCUUCCAGAUGUGCAGAAAUGCAAGUGUCCAAGCAGAAAGGGCCUGGGGAAGAGAUAAGAGCCAUCCACGUGAGGCCCAAAUUCUGGACAGGCUGACCUCUAAGCUUUCGUGUUUCCCUUCUGUAUUUGAUAGUGUCCACUGCAGAGUGGAGCAGUCAGUCUACAAAACCGCUGAGGAAGACGGUGCUUGCAGAUUGUGGCUCUGUUUGUAGAGGCUUUGCAGUGAGACCCAGGUAACCUAUUCUGUAGUGGGUCUGACCGCUCCCUGCAAAUGCUCGUCUGCCGGUGGGUCUGCAUUAAAUUAGUAUCCUGUCAAAUAUUUCUUCACUCUGGUCAUUUCUAACCCUGGUUGUUAGAGGAACCUCGUUUGAAAAGACACAACCAGGAGCCAGCCACACCUGUCUGCUAUGUUCUGCGCUAAGGAGAACGAUGAAGGAUUUAGGCUAUGAUCCAGCCAGUGGCCAUACUAGAAAGCUUUGGAGAGAAACAGAAGAAACAUGCUUGCUCAUGUGAGGUAGAGAGGAUCCCCAUAGAAUAGCAAUAAAACAAGCAUGGAAGAGAGAUGAAAAGAUGCUCCAUUCCAAGUGAUGAGGACAUGAGUUUUGAAUGAGAGCCAGUGACCAUUCUUGCUUCUAAUUUACUGAAGGGUCAGUUAAGAAUGCAGUGGAUGACCUGCUUGAUCCUUCUUUGAACUCUGUAUGGGUUAGGUUGGUGAGGAUUGUUUACUCUUCUUUCCAAGGCUCUUGUGUCUCUAAAGCACAGCCUUUAUCAGUGAAGUUUCAGGAUUUGAACUUGUGUCCCCCUGAAUUAAUGUGGAGCAAACGUUGAAAGCAUGUGUCCUCUCAUUUCACUCUGAUGGGGAAGUAUCUGCUACAGAUGCCAUCCAUGGGACUCGUCCUUGAGGUUUCAUUUUCUGAAGGGAAGAAUGAAAGGAUCAUUAUGUUUGUAGCUUUCCAUAAAGAGCCAUGCAUGGCUCCAAGGCAUCAACCAUCAAUAAUUCCAGUUCCAGAACAAAGGUGGCAAAGAAAUCAUCACUGAGAGGAAAAAAGAGGGACCCACUGAUGGGAGCAAUAAUAAGAAGAAUCAUGUGAUCCAUUUGUCUGAAGCUAAGUUUCAUGGGACACAGAGCUCACACACCCUUUCUGUGUGUUAAUUCAGCAUCACACACUAUAGUAGGCCCACAAGACAACACCAGGUUGGCAGAAAGGGGGCCAAACUAAACAGCACAAACUCAGAAGGGCGCAAAAUGCCACCGGUGCCACUGGAUUAAUUCACCAGCCUUCACUCUCCUGCCUUAGCCACAGUUCAUCUCCCUCCACUGACUGAAGGAGAAAGAAGCCUUGAGAAAAGUAUUCAGCCCCUACCACAUUCGCCCUAUUCUCCCCUUUGCCUGCCUUCAGAUCCACUCCCUGGUUUCUGAGCCUCAGUGGGCCACCCCAUCAUUCAUAAAGAUGCUACUCUAAUUUAGCCCCCUGCAAGAAAGCUCAUACUAUCCAUGUUAUACAUUCUGUCAGUCAGACAGUUCAGUGUCCCCCCUUCCCCGCCCCCCAUCAUUUAUAUGGGAAAGCAUCUGAUGUAUGCACAGUCACCUGGUUAUUUACCUUUGAGCUUCAGUUUUCUGAAGGGAGAAGUAUCACUGAAUGAGGUCCCCCGCCUUUCCACCAGGAACCAGUUACUUUGCAUAUCUCUGUAUCUCUCUCUUUCUUGAUCUUGCUCCAGAAUACAUAAAUUAAUUUCACUCAUGUCAAGAUAGGCAAUGUGUUUUUAAAUCAGAACUAUUCCUAGUCAUUCCCAAUUCAUAUCUUGCUGAAUGAAUGUUGAGCACACAUCUGAGCUGUAUUGAUUUCUAAAUUGCCUAUCUUUCUCCAGGCCUGAAUGUAAGCCUGGGAGAAACGGACCUGGGGACAACCUGCACACCUCUGUUUGAGCCACAGGUUACAGGGGCAAUGGUGGCCUGCAGGGGCCAACAGGAAGACCGGUUCAGCUCAGUGGAAUAGUCCACCAGAAAAAGAUCAGUGUCCAGCCUCCAAGGAAAUGACUUUGCCUGCAGUGAACCCAGGGGUGACUGCUAGGGAUCCUGUACUCAAAAUUCUGAGAAUUCAGCUUGUUCCUAGAGUC